AUAAAAAUAUUAAGUACAAUAUUUGUGACAUAAUAACAAAAUCUAACGAUCGAACUAAAAAUGUAUUAAAUCGAACAAUUAAUUUAUGUUUAUGCGUCUGAUAAACACUAAUAGUAAAAGUUAUGUAUCUAUUUAACAAUCGAAAUCUUACGUUUGUGAAUUGGAAGCAAAAAAUGCGGACUUUAAUUUCAAGUUUUGGAUAAGAACCCAGUUUGUUGAAACUAUAGUGAACAGGACUUUGAAAAAAAAAUUGAAUCAUGAUGAGUACACUAACUGGGGAUACUUCACGUCGUCGAAUAGCAGCCCUGUCAUUUUUGACGAAUAUAUCACUUGAUGGCACUCAUAAGGAUACUAACAAAUUACUUUUCAUCAAAAACAGUAUGUAUCGUCAUCAAAAAUCUGAAAUGGAGUUUCCGUCACUUCCUGACAUUGGAAUGGAAAAUGAAGAGAAUACAUUCAGUGAAAAUGAUAUUAUCUUGAAACAAAUGGAUAUUGAAUUUCAUGGUCCUGUAAGAUUGACAAAAACACGGUCUUUAACAUCUACACCAAUAAAAUCAAAUAUGAAUGAUAAACAUAGUAUUGAUAAAUUUUUUGAAUUGGAUUCAGAUAAGAGUUCUGGAAGACUACCAUUUCGCGAAAGACUUAACACAACUGGAAGUGAUGUAACUAUGGAAUCAAAAAAAUUGGCAGCAUACUAUCGUAAACGCAUGAUUCCUCAAUCUUUAUUGUCUGAUGAUAAAAGUAACACAAAUUUCAGCAGUUCUGAAAGUCUUGGCUUAGCUCUAUAUAAAACUAGUACUUUGCUUCAAGAAAAUAGCUCUUCGAAUCAAUCUAUGGAUAUUAGAGUUGUACGUCCAACAUUACAACAUCGAUUCAAAAAUGAACGUUUAGUAUUAGUCACUCCACAGAAAACUCCAUUCCUUGUUUAUUCGCUAAUACCAUUCAAAAGAUCUAACAGAACCAUAAUUGUGCGAUGUGAGCAAAAGAAAGAACCAAAUCGUAGAAGACAAACAUCUGGAACUCGUCCUUUAUCUGCUGUUAAUGAUAUAAUUGAUGCGUUUGAUCUCUUUGGAUUAGAAAAAGGCAAAGAUGGACAGGAAAUAUCAUACAGUCAUUUAUUAAUUCCUUCACGAAUUGUUGAACCCAAGACCCCAAUUGAAGAUAUGAUGUUAGAUACUAUACAGUCGAAAUCACACACCUUAAGCAGGUGUAUUUCAGCUGAUGUUCCUGAUAAUGUAGCGAUUGGAUCUGGUACUUACAAAAUGUGCACUGUUCAACCAACAUCAUCACCUCCUAAAGGUGAUUUGACAAAAGUUACUAAUACUGAACAAGAGGAAAAUGGAACGGCCUUGUUUUCUCCAAACAUUCUUGAUGACCCUGAGUUUUUUGCUGGAAAACAUAGAACACUUUUAACAUUCAUAUCUUACAUGACAUCAAUUAUUGAUUAUGUGCGUCCAGCUGAUCUUAAAAAAGAAUUGAAUGAUAAAUUUCAAGAUAAAUUUCCACACAUUGAGCUAACAUUAAGUAAACUCAGAAGUAUUAAACGAGAAAUGCGUAAAAUUACUAAACCAGAUGCUACUUCAGACUUGCUAACUAUAGCACAGGCCUAUGUAUUUUUUGAAAGAUUAUUAGUUAAAAGCUUGAUUAAUAAGGAAAAUCGGAAGCUAUGUGCUGGAGCAUGUAUUAUUUUGUCGGCAAAGUUAAAUGAUAUGAAGGGUGAACCAUUAACUAAUCUUAUUGAAAGAACUGAAAUAGUAUUUCGAUUAAGCAGAAAAGAUUUAAUGGUUUCUGAGUUUGGAGUAUUAGUAGCCCUAGAAUUUGGUCUCCAUAUACCUACUCAUGAGAUAAUGCCUCAUUAUCAGCGACUAUUGUCUGAGUCAUGACAUAAAAUAUUUAACUCUAGAUAAUUUAGAAUUUAGUGAAAUAGUGAAAUAUAUUAGCAUGAAUGAAUCUAACUACUUUAAAUUAAAUGUUUUGUUUGCAACACUUUUAUGACUGUGGUAUGCAUUAUACUUGUUAUUUAUUUUUGUUGUAUAACUUAUUAGAUUAACUUGAGUUAUAAUUGUAAUUUAAUUUAAAAUUCUAUGUUUAAAUAGUAAUUCUGAUUAAUAUUUCAAAUUGUUACCAAUUUUUUUUUUAUGUUGAUUAUUUUUAUGUUACAAGUAUUAUUAUUAUUUAUUAUAUAGUUAAAAAAAAAAUAAUAUUGUUUUAUUUAUUUUUAAUUUAUUAUAAGUAUUUAAAAAAACAGUAUCGAACAAUGAUAAUAAUUUAUGAAAGGAUGUUAUAAUAUUAUGGUUUUUAUUCAUUGUCAUUUAUAUGUAAAACAUGGUAAAUACAUGUACACAGAGAUCAUACUGUAAAAAAAAAAAAUAGUAUGAACUUCGUUUGUGUGCAUUUGCCAUGUUCUAUAAAAGCUCAACUUCUCACACAAAACAAGACAGAAAAAUACAAUUUACCUUGUAGUAUAAUAUCAAGGUAAUUUUACAUCAAUGUAAUUAAAUGAAGAAGUAACUUAGCGUAAACUAUUUGUAUACUUUAUUGAGAUACAACAACUUAGUAUGUAAGUGUGAUUUCUUUUUUUUUGUUAUUGCUUGUCUGAUUUGAUUGACUAGAUUAUAUUUAAACUAAGCAUUUUAUUCUAAGGAAACAAUUGAUUUUGUUAAUAUGGUUAUUAUGUAUAUGCAUAAGUCAAAGAAUGUUGCAAUAAAUAAUUUAUAUAGCUAUAUAAUAUGUUCUUCAUCUAAAUAGAAACCAAAACAUCUAAAUUUUAAAAAUGUAACAAUAAUUAUAGUUCUUACUAGUAUUUAAAUACAUGUUUAUCAUAUAA